ACACAUAUCAAUAGCCAAGGAGAGUGUGAUUAGGGAGAAGUAGAGAAGAAGAAAAAAAGAAAAGGAAGAAAAAGGGUGCUUUCUUGAGUCAAGGUAAGAACACUUCUUCCCCUCGUCUUCUCCAAUUCUUUCACCAUCCCAUCCUAUUGUUAGAUUCCCUCUUGUGUUGCAUAUUAAUAGGAAAUAGGGUUUUUGAUGUAUAUAAGAGUGUGGGUUUGAUUUAGUGACUUUGCCUUACAAAUUUGUAAAAUUAGGCACUGCUGUAAUUUCUCUAAUUUAAAAGAAAUAUCAAAUUUAUUUAUUUCUUCAACCUGAAUUUAAUGUAGGCUAUUUGGUGUGUUUAUAGCUUGUGGUAAUUUUAUUAGCCCCUAAUUGUGUGUUUUUAGGGCUUGGAUACUUUGUUUAAAAAUCUGGUCCCGAGUCUCUGAAAAACAGUCCACUUCUUGCAAUUUUAUAAAAUUCCAGAAAAAUCAUCUCAGGUUGGUUCUUUAAUACAAAUUUAUUAUUUUGAGUCCUCUUUUCAAUGGAAUUUAUUUGGGUGAAAAUUAUUGGGUAGAUUGAGAGGAAAGCUAGUUUUCUCAACGGGUGACAAAUCUGGACAGGUUUUCGAAUAUAGCUUGUAGAUGAACUUCUGGAGGUGCUAUGCACAUUCUGUGAAUUGGAAUUGAAACUAGACAGGUUAUUUAUUAUUGCUGUCCAAUUUCAGCCCCUAAUUUGACCUAGAAGUAUUUUUCCCAAAGCACUCUUGUUAGCCCUGCAAAACCGAACAGUGCUGGAAAUGGUGUUUUGUUGUGUUGUUUGUCUCUAAGUAUUUCAAGCAUGCCUAAUGUUAUUUGCUUGCCUUACCAUACCAAUGCAUGAUUAUCAUGGGCUAUAUUUCAUUCCUUAUGUUUGUCUCAUGCUCUUUUAUAUUACCGAAUUACCGAAUAUGACUAACUUGCUUGGCAAUAGAUCUAAUAAAUAGGAAAUGGAAAGGGGUUGGUAAUGGGUGACGUUCACUCCUAUGCUUCAGAAUGAUUUAUGUAAUAUACAUGUGAAUGGGAUUAAAACCAACUGAGUUAAGUCUUGCGCAAGUGGUCUAAUCGAGGCCUUUUCCCAAGUGGUGAAAUCCCUAUUAGAACUUCCCAGUUAAGCGUGCUUAGGCUGGAGUAGUUCUGGGAUGGGUGACCCACUGGGAAGAAUAAAUCCGUGCGGGCAUGGCCCAAAGCGGACAAUAUCGAUGACGUAUGAAGGGUCGGGGCGUUACAGAACCCUAACUAACCAGCUUAAAAAAUUAGCUCUAGAAAAAACACUGACCUACUUACCUAGCCCAGAAAUCAAACAACUCACCGGUGAGAAAUUUGACCAAUUGAGUGCUAGAAUGUAUUUCUUCAGGCAUUCUAUCAUUCAAUCUUUUUGUGAGAAAAGCCAAGUAAUGGAAGACCUAAAACCCUAUAUUUACACCUUAGCCGAAGAUAGCAGAAAUAGCGAGUUAGUCAUUAUUCAGCAUUUUCUUCAGGACCUCUCCAUAGCAAGAGUUGACUGCCCUGGCCUAGCUUAUCAAUGGACCUAUACCUAUGAAGAUGAAGAGCAGCCCUGCUUAGAUGAAAAAAAAUGCAAUAAGAGGUCCGAACAUUUUGCUAGAUGUCAGUGUAACCUAGACUUCAGCAUUUGCCUUUGCCAGAUAAAUCUAGCUACAUUCGAGCCAUUGGAGUUAGAAAUUAGGGGCGAAACUCAUUAUCUAACAGCCCCAAAAUUGUUAGAUUACGGCUUUGUCUCUAGACUAAUUUUCACAGAACCAGAUCAGACAGAUAGCUUUGGACAUAAGCUUGUUCAUGCAGUACUGUGUGUAAUGGAAGAACAUCAUCCGUAUGUAGAAGCAUUGAUAGAUAGUAGAUUACCAGAAUGGAAGGGAAUAUGGUGCAAUCCAGCUAAACAUAAAAUGUACCUCAGAGGAACUGCUACAUUCCCAGGAUACCCAGGACUUCUCAAUAGGAGACCCUGGCCAUGCAGAAGAUUUCCACUCAAAGACCAGCUCAAUAAAUGGAGAAAAUUUGCUAGCGACUCUCUAUUAGCAUAUAAUGGAAAUUAUGGACAUCUAGUCUGUGAAGAUAGACAUCAAAAGAUACAUUGUAAUUUAGCCAUCCCAGGAUAUCCCUUCAGCAAAGAGACAUUUGUCGAUGAAAGUCAGUACCCUAACUAUCAGCAUGGCGUCUCUCAUGAAUCACCAGUAAUGGGAGAAAAUGACCAAGAAUGGUACGAUGAACCACCCAUGGGAGAUGGGGAUGACUUUUACGACCAACUCUCAGUAGCAGACCUGGACGACCUCUCAAACAGAACGUAUGGAUAAAAAAAAAAAAAAAAAAGAAUCCGCUUUGAAGAAUUAGCCUCCAAGCGUCAACAUCAAUAAUUGGAAGUCUAGCAAAAGAAGACAAAAUCCGUAGAAGAUAAGGCUUCCCUUCAGAUAUUAGAGAAAUGCGCGCCAAAAUAUUAUGUAGAUUUUUGUGUUUGUAAUUAUUUAUUUUUGUCGGUAAUAAGGAUUUUCCUUCACUCACUACUUUAAUAGAGCAGAUGACCUCCACCCUGCUCCAUUAAAGAAAAGCUGUGAGAAUCCUUACACGUAUCCUGUAAUCAAUUAUAGUGUCAAAAUUUUAUCAAAAAAGAAGGAUUGAAUGAUAUGCGAUGGGGCCCAAAGUAGUACCCGAUAUCAUUAUCCUAAUCUUUUAUUGAUAGAAUUUUAUCUAUAUCUAGAAUAGUGAUUUGAGUAGUCAAGAUCCAUAGAAAAUCAUGUAAAGUCUAGAAAAGUCUAUGGCUUAGGCUUAGUAGCCUUUGGACUUUUGAAUCUAAACCUUUUGACGUAGAGAUAUUUCUUUUUGGGUUAUAUGUAUCAACCAUGUGUAUAAAUUGGCAUUCAUGCCAACGAAAGAAGCAGAAUGAAAAAACACCCCUUCACUCUGCAUUGUAAAAAUUUCCAACCCCGCUCAAAAAACCUCUAAGUGUAUUAAGUUUUUCAGAGUUUCAGAGUCUGUAAUAUAAUCUUUGUAAGUAUAUUUCUUAUUAAUAUGAAG